GUGUCUGUGUUCUCUACUUUUGUGAUAAAUGCUUAUCAGAUGUGCACCAUUUUCCUCUAUGGAGUUGAUUUCUUUUCUGUGUAGACUGGUUGUGAGCUCAUUAUAAGAAAAAAAGAAGCUUUAACACAGCCACCAGCCACAGCUUCUGUUAUCACAAUGCAACCUCCACUGCCCCACUCCAUGCUUCCAUACCAACCACCACCAGCCCAGGUUGUUGCUCGUACAAGCACUGCUCCUUCACUUCCAACACCUGCCCCUGCAAAGACAAGCGAGUCGUCUCAUCCACCACUGAAAUGCCCCAUGGCUGGAACCUUUUAUCGAUCCCCUGGACCAGGUGAACCUCCAUUUGUGAUGGUAGGAGAUAAAGUGCAGAAAGGACAGGUUGUUUGUAUUAUUGAGGCCAUGAAAUUAAUGAAUGAAAUUGAAGCUGAUCAAUCGGGAACCAUAACUGAGAUACUGGCAGAGGAUGGGAAGCCAGUUAGUAUAGACAGGCCUCUUCUUGUCAUUGCACCUUGAAGAACGGGGCAAAAAUAUCCGAAAACUUGGGUGGCAGUAAUUUUAAGUCAUAUUUCUGUUGCCUGUAAUUUUUAAUUCAAAGACGGGUCUUGUUUUGGCUUGGUAAACCCUUCCUUUCUGUGCCAUUUUUUUUUUUUGGUUUUGUUCCAUUUCUCAUUUCUCUUCACUAUUGUAUGGAAGUCAAAUCUCAUUCUUGAUAAGAUCAUAUGAUGCUGCACUUUCAUUCUC